AUGUACUACCUCAAACUCAUCGGCAUCAAAGCCAUCCGCGCCCUGCUCCCCAUCGCACUCCUCUUCGAGGAGGGUCUGCCCAACCGGCCCAAGCCAGACCACACACUCCACAUCCCUUCAUCCGAUCGCAAACGUGGAAGCAUCCGCGUUGAUGUCUACCUGCCCUCUCUACAUGUACCAGACCACGACCACACCGAAAGCGAGCACCAAGCCUCACAACCCCUCAAGGACUCGCGUACAACCGACUCGGGAAACACCACCCCUCCGACGUCGCCGGCACGGCUGCCCAUCGUUCUCAAUCUGCAUGGUUCAGGAUUCUGCCUUCCCGUGAUAGGCCAGGAUGCGGUGUUCUGCCGGCAAGUAGCCGACUCGGUGCACGCUGUCGUGCUCGACGUCGACUACGCGCAUGCGCCCGAAUUUCCGUACCCCGCCGCUCUGGAUGACAUCGACACGGUUCUGGAAUGGUUGCGGGACACCACCGCGGGGAGGAUGCCUGAGGGCAGUGGGAAGGACAGCAGCGAUGGAGAUGCUGGUGUGGAUGCAAAGGGCUGGGACGUGGAAAGGCUGGCGGUCACAGGCUUCAGCGCAGGCGGGAAUCUCGCACUGACGGCGUGCGUCCGCGCGUUCGAGAGAGGGCAAAAGGACCCGUUCAAGGCUGUCGUUGCGUUCUACCCUUCCACAAACCUCGCUGAACCAGCCUCCUCCAAACCUUCCCCGAAAAUCGCAUCAGGCGCCUCAGGCGGCACCAUCCCUCCGCUCAUCCGUCGCUUCUUCUACGCGUGCUACCUCCCCUCCUCAUGUCCCUUACCGCGCACCACACCCACCAUCUCGCCUCUCUACGCUGACCCGCACGCAUUUCCACGUUCAACAACAAUAAUCACGUGCGGUGCCGACGCGCUCGCGCGGGAGGGGAGGCAGCUCGUCGAGAAGCUGCAGAGCGCUGCGAGCGAGGAUCCGGGGCUAGGGCUCGAUGUGGUCGGGUGGGAGGCGGCAGGGCAGGGCCAUUCGUGGGAUAAGUCGACGAAGGAGGGGACGGAUCCGCGUAGGAUGAAGGUGGAGGCGUAUGAGUUGGCGGUGAGGAGGCUGAGGGAGGCGCUUUGGCCUGCUUAAGAAUAAUUGGCCGAGAGUGGGCGGAGGUUUGUCCGUCGAAGAGAGUUUGUCUAGAUUGAGCGGGUGAACCGCUUCCAUGUCGUGGUAGUAGAUUACUAUUGAGCUGACGGCGCCGACGCUG